GGCAAACAACGCCCAAAUUGUGAGCGGAAAAGGAAAUCGGAAACCGGAAGCAAGAAGAAGACCGCGAAAGGGGAGAGUCGCUUCAAAAUGAAUCUAAAACUCUGUCAAAAUGUUUCUGAACCAUCGCCUCCAUGGACCCAUAUUUGCUAGGAUCUUCUCGCUGCAUCCCAGCCUCAUGAACCAGUCCAAAGAAAGAUUCGUCUGGAGGAAAUCUCAAACUGUCCAGACCAGUGGAAUAUGCCGCAACCCAACUUUGUUCGAGCAGCAGCAGGAGCAGUUAAAUCCUUUUGGGGAGGAUUACCGCAUCUACCAGCAGAACGUAGACUUGGAUGUCUUCUUCGGCGAGGAGCCCAAGUACGAGAAGGUGUCAGAUGUCUGCUUGCUAAAUGAUCAUUUUAUCCUGGUUAAGAUGCCAUUACCAGAUCCUUCCACGCCUCCAUCAAAGUCAAAGAUUCCAAAAUGCUUUAAGUGUAAUCGUGGAAGCCGGGUUUCCCCUAUUUUGGAAGAAGUUGAUGAUAAGUCGUCUCCGGCGCUUUCUAGUUGCCUACAACCUUGGACAUCUCGCGAUCAGGAUAAGAUUGAGGUCUUUGAUGCCAAUACCAGGCUUAGUAAUACGCCAAGUCGCAGACCUCAACCAGCUCCCGUGAUAGUGGAGCAACCGCUUCCUACACUACAGCUAGAGGCUAUCCAAUCGAUGGCUCCUGAUCAACUGCAGAUAACUCCCAUAAGUCGGGGACCACUCCAUUGGUUUCUCUGGCCCUUCCGCCGGCGACCAAAUGCCAAGAGCAAAUCCAAGUCCCAGCUAGCUGCCGUCCACAAAACUUAUUUUGUUCGGUGGAGUAAACCUCCGGAUACACUUUGGCAUGGAUUUGGAGUGGACACGGUGGAUGAGAAAUCAGAACUUCGACGAUGUCGAUCGGCGGUCUUCUGA